AUGGAGCGCAGUGGAGGCAACUUCCGCGGCGGCCGUGGCGGCGGACGCGGCUUCGGGCGUGGACGAGGAGGACGAGGUGGGGGAAGAGGACGAGGUGGAGGUGGAGGCCGAGGACGAGGCGGCGGACGCGGGCGCGGAGGAAGAGACAACUUCGGCUUCCACCAGCGCCGGCACGCAGAUGCGGGGUACACGGAGGGGUACGCACCGUACCCUCAACAGCAGCAGCAGCAGGAGCAGUAUGGAGGCGAGUAUGGAGAGUACCCUCCUCCUCCUCAACCUCCGCAGCAAGGGUACCAGCAGCAAGGGUACCCUCCCCAGCAAGAUCAGUAUGCGCAGUAUCCUCCGCAGCAGGAGCCGCAGUACCAGCAGUACCCCCCUCCUCCUCCACCCCCGGACCAAUACCAGCAACAGCAACAGCAGUAUCAGGAGCCUCAGCAGUACCAACAGCAGCAGCAACAGGACGGGUAUAGCCCCCCGCCGAUGGACAGGUACCAGCCUCCUGCGCCCUACCAGCAGCAAUAUCAGCAGCCCCCUGCUCCCCCUCAGCAGCUCCCUGCUCCCCCUCAGCAGCAGUAUCAACAGCCCCAGCAGCAGCAGUUCCAGGAGGAGAGUCCGAGGUACGCGACCAAUCCGCCGCUCCCCCCGCAGCCUCCCGCAGACUACGCAGAAGCUGCUCGGACCAGGCAACAGGCUUACGCCCCAGUACAGGCGGAAGAUGAUGCGUCGGAGGCUCCGCCGUCGCCGUACCACCAACCGACCGAGCCACCAGCGCCGCAGCCGCAACAGUACCAGCAACAAGAGAAGCAGCAGCCUCCGUUGCCACCGCCGAUGCCUCAGGACCAGCGGGGGGACUGGAACUACCCGCCACAGCAGCAAACGCAGCAGUGGCAGCAACAGCCUCCGCCCCCGCAGCCAGGACAACAGUGGCCUCAACAGCAGCCAGGACAACAGUGGCCUCAACAGCAGCAAGGACAACAGUGGCCACAGCAGCAGCAAGGACAGCAGUGGCCACAGCAGCAGCAAGGACAGCAGUGGCCACAGCAGCAGCAAGGACAGCAAUGGCCACAGCAGAAGCAGCAGCAGCAGCAGCAGCAGUGGCAGCGGGCCCCGCCUCAGCAACAGUUUGGUGGGCCUCAGGGAUAUCAGCCGCAAGGACAGGGACCUCCCAUGAAUCAGCGCCAUUUCCAGAGAGACCAGAACCCUCGAUUCCACGACCGCCGCCAGGACCGACAUGAACGGCACCAGAACAAGCCGCACCGACCGCCUCCGCCGUCGUACGUCUGCCACAACUGCAACCAGCCCGGACACUGGAAACAGCACUGCCCGCUGUUUGCGAACGAGAACGAUCGCUACGGGUCUCGCCAAGAGCAGCGGUAUGGCCCCGGUCAAGAUCAGCAGUGGAACUCCGCGCCACCUCCCCCUGGACACAAGCCGCAAGAUCCGAGAAGGAACGGAGGAUCGUUCGACGGGCAGGGACAGGGUUUCAGUAUGAACAAUGGACAGCCGCCUCUACCUGACGGACCGGCGCCUCCACUGCCCCCUAAUUCGCAGCCACCGCUCCCGUACGACAACUACGAGUCUCAGGCUGAGCAACCAGUGUGGACAUGUGAACCGUGCGCGAAAAGCUUUCACAUCGCUUCCCAGUACGAAGCGCACAAGGGUACGCACGUCAUGUGCCCGGACUGUGAGUUCACCGCGUGCAAACGUGCUGUCGGUGUACACUACCAGACGACUCACGGAGAAUACGCUGGUCAAGGAUUGAAGGAGAUCGAUGUGGAAGGCCAGAAGUUUAUGGUGCUUGUAGGUAACUCCGCCGAGGAUAUCGCCAAGUGGCGUGAGGAGCGCCGCAAGAAGUAUCUCGCGAUGUCCCGUGAGCCGAAGCCACCUAGGCCAGCAAUGUCAGCGCCGGUGGCUGGAAAGCGCAAACUCUCAGUGUCAUCUGACGAAGACCUGGAAGAAGGAGAGAUUGAGGAAGACGAGGAAGUCAAGGCCAAGAUUGCUUUCAGAAAUGCAGCCAUGAAUGCGGCGGCUCCCGACCAAGCGCCGCCGGCCAAGAAGCAGCGCAAAGCCAUGCUGUGCAAGUGGUUCAUGCGUGGUCAUUGCCGUUUUGAUGAAGCGCAUUGCAACAACAGUCAUGAUCGCUCGGCGUUUGGGUGCCGCGCCAUGAUGUUCAAGGGGUCGUGCUCCAAGGGUAUGUAUUGCCCGUUCUCACACGACACAGCAGUGAUGUCGGGCCAGCGUGAACGUUCCAAGAAGGCAUCGAAGGAGCGAGUCACGGAGCAGCAGUGGCGUGGUGAGCAAAAGUCGCUGCUGCGCAAGUUGUUGGCGAAGGACGUGCGUGUGGAGCAGCGCAAGAUGCUGCAGAUUGUGCAUUUUCUGGUUGCGAACGACUUUCUGCGUUCGUCGGGUGGUGAUGUGAGCGCCAAGAAGACGAGCGUGAAGAUUGAGGUGCUCAAAAGUGAAGAGGCGAGCGCGGUUGUCACAGCAGAAGCCAGUGAUCCCAUUGCGCUAGCGUCUGAGGACGUUGUAAUGGAGGAGGCUUCCAGCGCAGUCGAAACUGAGCAGGUGAGCUCAGAGGAGCCUGAUGUUACUGUGGCCGAGGUCGCGGAGCCCGCCAAGGCUGUGGGAGCGGAUGAAAAUGUGUUGCCUGUUGUAGAGGCGAGUGCGUGUGAACAGGAAUCUCUGGACGUUUCCAAGGCGCCUAUUACGGAGGAAAGCGAUGUGGUGGCGCCAUCAGGCGAGGAGAAGGCAGUGGAGGAUGCAUCUUCGGAUGCUCAGCAGCCUCAGUGUAAUGCCCAGUCGGCGAUCACUGAGGAUGUCGUUGCGUCUGUGCCUGUAAAGGACACGGAGCUGGUUGCUACAACUCCCAGUAGUGGUGAGAAGCCUGCGGAGGAAGUGUUUACAAGCGAUACGAUAGAAGCUAGUGUGGGCGAGGCCAACGAAGCAAGCUGA